AUGGUCUCCCUAUGGCCAUGGAAGAAGGAGGAUUCCUCUCCGGCUUCGUUCGAAAAGGCCCUAUCGGCGCUCUCAGGAAGAAUCACAGUCACGCAGACAAGACUUGAUAAUGUCCGAUCGACCGCACGACGAGUAAAGGUCCUUGCGACCCUCUACCUCGGUUUCGCCUACCUCGUCUACGCCAUCGUAGCGCUUCUCGUCAUCGGCUACCAAAACAUGGGUCCACUGGAAUGGACAGGAAUGGCCGGCGGGCCCGUUGUUAUCUACCUCGUUCGCACUCUCUCGACUAUGUUCUUCGACUACCGGAUCAGCGGCCUCAAUGCGAAACUCGAGUUCCUUCAAACCGAGCGAGCCAAGACCAUUCAGAAACUCAAGGAAGCGACCCGGUACGACUCCACCCUCGAAUUGCUCGAAAAGUACGGCGGGCCGGAGAACAAGCUCAGGAGGCGUGCCAGUAAGAAGGGGGGUGACGACGACAACGACGAGGAUGGCGCACAAAGGUCCAAGAAGUCACAAGGCAGACAUGUAAACCGCACCCACAUCGCGCCGCCUCCCACUGCCAACAUCCAGCGCCCUCCUCGCCCUGGCGCCGUCGGUCCCAACAUGCCUCAACCCGGUGCUCGUGGCCACCAACUAGCUCCCUCUCCCAUGCCUCCCCAGGGUCCGGAGCCGUCCGCCGAGUUUGCCCCCAACGCUUUCGAUGUCAACCCUCGCGCCUCUCCCUCUCACCCGCACGUCCAGUAUCCACCCGCCGCGGCUGCCAUGGCGGCGCCCACGGAAUCACACUGGUACGACCGCAUUCUCGACACGCUCAUUGGCGAAGACGAGACCGCGGCCAAGAACAGGAUCGUCCUCAUCUGCAAGAAGUGCCGGUUGGUCAACGGACAGGCCCCUCCCGGGACGAAGAGCCUGUCGGAGAUCGGCAUGUGGAAGUGCAUGUCGUGCGGGGCUGCCAACGGCGAGAUGGACGAGGGAAAAAGGAUCGUGAGGGAGGUUAUUGGUGGCGGCAGGAGCGAAGAAUCUCUUGUCCACUCCCACUCUGGUGACGAUGCGACAAGCUUGGGCAGUUUCGGAGAGGAGUUUGCGGAUGAGGAGUUGGUGGAACGUAGCGAGGCUGCGGAGAGUGACAAGGCGCAGGAGCGUCCUGAAAAGAGGCUGAAGAUGGACGGCAGCAGGUGA